AUGAUUUAUAUUUGGUUUUUAUUUUUUGUAACCUCGAUUUACUCUACCAACGGGCAGGCAUUCUACGACCCAACAUCUUGUAGAAAAGAUGGUGAUGCUCCGGGCACAAGGUACACUUGCACUAACAACACCAAGAUUUCAUGCCCAAGUUUCUUGAUUUUUCGAGCAAACCCUCGUUUUCUGACCAUAUCCGCCAUCUCCGCCUUGUUCGGUUUCCCAACCGACGACUUACUUCGACUAAACAAUAUUGUUUCGCCUUUAGAAACUUUGUUUGUAGAUAGAGAAGUAUUCGUCCCCGUUCGUUGUUCUUGCUCCGACGGCUUUUUUCAAACGAGAUUCAACUAUACCAUCACCGAAAACACGACAGUGUCCGAAAUUGCGUGCGGGGUCUUCGGAGGAUUGGUGAAAACGAUUACGCUUCUCGAGGAGAAUCAGCAUCAAGAAGUUGUUAAGGUUGGUUAUGUUCUUGAUGUGCCCUUAAAAUGUGCUUGUCCUAGUAGUGAAUAUAAAUCUUUUGUCACAUAUCCAUUGGUUUCUGGAGAUUCUAUAGAUAAAGUAAGUACAAAAUUCAGUAUUUCCAAAAAUGAUAUUUUGGCAGUUAAUAAUUUACAACCUGAUACCACUAUUUAUCCAGAAACAACCAUUUUGGUACCCUUACGUUUGAAACUAAUUACUUUUACUGUCUCAAAUUUUCAACCACCAUCACCAAGAUUUCUUCCAACAAAACCUGUCCAAGGAGAUGUUAAUUCGGCGAAACUAAAGAAAGUGUACAUUAUUGUGUCGGUUAUCGGGUUUAGUUUGGUGCUAGGGAUAUUAAUCGUCAUGGGUUUAUACCUAAACGCGUUAAAUAAGUGCAAGCGUGAGAUUUUCAUCAUACCUUCGACACGUAGAAGCUCGUUUACCUCAUUUUCAACACCCCCGGCUAGUUCUCCACGGUCAAGACCAAGCCCGGCUGCGAGAAGCUCACCUAGCUCGUGUUUGUCACCUGAUCUCCUUGCUAGCAUAAAGUACUCUUUGUAUAAUUUCACUAUUGAGGAAAUUAAGAGUAUUACAAAAGAUUUUAGUGAGGGUUGUAAAGUGAGUGAAAAUACAUAUAGAGGGUUGUUUGAUGAUAUGCAAGUGCUAAUCAAAGAAGAUUGA